UCCUGGCAACCUCUGCUGCUCUGCAAGUGAUCGGGAUCCGGUCCGUUUUUGGAACCGACCUGCCGAGGAGGUGAACUGUCAUGAGGUGGACUCUGAAACUAUGGCUUCUCUUCCUGCUCACAGCAAUGGCAUGUGUACAGAAGACAGCAGGUUCGUGCCAGCCGCGUCCCUCAUGCCAUGAAUGCAUCCGUUCCCACCCCAGCUGUGCCUGGUGUAAACAACUGGAUUUUGUGCCAGCAGAUGAGUCAGACGCAGGCCGCUGUGCAACUCGGCUGGAGCUGAAGCGUCGUGGUUGCCUCCCCAGUGAGGUGAUGGACCCCUGUGGGAAGCAGCAUAUCCUGGAGGACAGGCCCCUCAGCGAGAACCCCCAGCACGAAAACAUCACUCAGCUGGCCCCCCAAAGGAUCUCUCUGCAGAUACGGCCUGGGGAGGAGCAGAGUUUCACUGUGCGCUUCAGACGGGCUGAAGGCUACCCUGUGGACCUGUACUACCUGAUGGACCUGUCCCACUCCAUGAAGGAUGAUCUGGAGAACAUCAGAAGGCUGGGCAGUGACCUGUUGGCUGCCCUCCGCAAUAUCACGACCUCUGUGAAAAUUGGGUUUGGCUCCUUUGUGGACAAGACAGUGCUACCCUACGUGAGCACCUCACCUGCCAAGUGGCUCCACCCCUGCCCGAGUGCCAAUGAGCCCUGUCAAUCACCGUUCAGUUACCGGCACGUGCUGGCGCUCACCGACAACGCCAGUGAGUUUGAGAGCAGAGUCAGCCAGCAGUUUGUCUCGGGGAACCUAGACACAGCCGAGGGGGGCUUCGAUGCGAUCAUGCAGGUGGCGGCUUGCAAGGAACAGAUCGGCUGGCGGGAUGUGACAAGGCUGUUGGUCUUCACUUCAGAUGGCACUUUCCACAUGGCAGGAGAUGGGAAGUUGGGUGGAGUCUACCUGCCCAAUGAUGGGCACUGUCACCUGGAUGAAAAUGGCCUAUACACGGAAAGCCACCUCUACGACUACCCCUCCGUUGGGCACUUGGCUGAGGUGUUGUCAAAGUCUAACAUCCAGCCCAUAUUUGCUGUGACUGGUCCCAGACUUCUCAUGUAUGAGGAGCUGAGCAAGCUGAUUCCCAAAUCAGCUGUCGGGGAACUGAAGGAAGAUUCCAGCAACGUGGUGCAGCUGAUUACCGAUGCCUACAAGAGCCUCUCGUCCACCGUGAACUUGGAACACUCCUCAGACCUUCCUCCCGGAAUCUCGAUCGCUUACGACUCGCACUGUGGAGACUCGGAAACGUUUGGACGCACGCAGGGCGGAGAAUGCUCCGGCGUACACAUCAACCAGUUGGUACAGUUCACCGUAAGGAUAAAUGCCACCACCUGCCUCCCUGGUACCCAGGAUCUGGCACUGCGAGUGCUGGGAGUAGGGGAGGAACUGCGGGUGCAACUGUCAACAGUGUGCGAGUGCCAGUGCGGAGAUGUCAAACCUUAUGCGCCACACUGUUCUGGUGGCCACGGCAACCUCACCUGUGGUGUCUGCAGCUGUUUGGAGGGCCACAGAGGCCGUCUCUGCGAGUGCAAGCAAGAGGACCACGAUGACCCAGAAGCUGGGUGCCGCGAUGGAAACAGCACCGGUCCUGUGUGCAGUGGCAAGGGCCAGUGUGUGUGCGGAAAAUGCCAGUGCCACACCCACGCCAGCGGGCCCCUUUGCAAGUGUGACGACACUGGCUGCGAACGACACAACGGGGAGCUCUGCGCAGGUAAUGGGCAGUGCAGGUGUGGCAUUUGCGAGUGCCAGAGCAACUACACCGGUGGUGCAUGUGACUGCAGCCUGGACACCAGUGGAUGCCUGAAGGAGGGUGCCGCAUGUAGCGGCCAUGGGCGUUGUGUCUGCAACAGAUGCCAGUGUGAGGCUGGUUGGCUGGGCAGCCACUGCAGCCACUGUGCUGAGUGCCGGACGCCUUGUGAGCAACACAGGGACUGCGCAGAGUGCAAAGCGUUCCGGACAGGCCCCCUGCAUGGGAACUGCAGCGUUUCUUGCAACCAGACAACAAGGGUGUUGUCAGCACCCACCGUGGAUGAGAGAUGGUGCAAGAUGACGGCCGAAGAUGGCAGCCUCCUCAUCUACCUCGUGGAGGAGGACGAGACUGGUGAUAUCACCCUGACUGUGAACAGCCAAGAGGGUACUACUGACCAGACGUUCAAGCUGGUCCUGGGCUUGGUGCUGGGCCUUGUGAUUGCUGGGCUGUUCCUCAUGGGCUUAUACCGCAUCGUCGUGGACAGCUGGGACCGGAGGGAGGUCAAGCACUUCGAGGAAGAGUGCAUACGGGCCAGGGGGAAUGAGGUGAACAACCCACUGUUCCGGCGAGCCACCACCACAGUCAUAAACCCCAAGUACAGCAAAGACUAGCACACUGACUGGGAGGAGAAAGAAAGCCCAGCCUGAAACCGGAUGGGAUGUUAAUCUUGGGCUGGAGAGAACCCUGUUCAAGCCGCCAUACUCAGCCAAAUCAUCUCUUAGAGGCUGUUCUGACACCCAGGCCUCCUCUGAGGAUAAAACAGGAUAACCCCGUUGAUUUGCCAAGUCACUUUUAGGGAAACAUCAGGCUGCAGUCAGAGCACAAAUGAUGAACGUCUCUUCCCAGCAAGCCUCCUCAAUUGUGAUUCUGUGAAAGGAUCUUCUCCACCAGCUAUCUGUGCU